GGUUCAGUGAAGCUCCGCCCCGUUAGGUUUUUACACACGUGCGUACAGAAAUGUGUUGACAUUUUUUAUCCGUGAAUUUCUCCGUUUUGAUUCUUUUUCAGCCGAAUUGAAGGCGGACAAUUUGUCGACAUGGAUCUCGCCUCUAAGGACUCGUACAUUCAGAAACUUGCGAGUAAAGUCUUUACUCAACGAGACCAGGAGCCAAAGAACAGACCUUUUGUUCAUUUCAAGGGUAAAAGUGACACUGGUCCACCAAAGAAGAAGAAAAAAUGUAAAAAGAAACAUUUUAAAGACGAGGGCACCAAUGAAAAGACUUCCAAACCCCAAAAGAAGCAUCUGCCCUCACCAGCAGCACAGAAAAGCCCGGCUACAGCAAAACCACAGGGGCCCAAAACUGAGGGCGUAAACGGAGCUACGACACAGAAGCCUCAAGGAGGAAAUGUAGACUCCAGCUUCUCCACAAGAGAUGUGCUGCGCAAGAGGCUACAUGAAAAGAUUGAAGAAUCCAGAGGGCAGGGACCUCCAAAGGAUGCAUUAUCAGAGGCAGUCCAGGCAAAGCGAGCAAAGCGAAAGCUAGAGCGGGAGCGCAAGAAGAGGAAGAGAAAAGAAUUUCUCAUGAAAAAACUGGCUGAAAAAAAUGGCCAGGAGCUGGUUCCAGAGAUAAAACAGGAACAACAGCCUGCCCCUGCCUCGAGCAAAAGAAAUGAGACGGCUAUUGUCUUCAACAAGGUGGAGAUGGUGGAAAAGAGGUAUGUAGACAAAAUCCAGAAAAAGAAGGACAAGAAACAGAGCGUUAAGGGCCAGGUCACGCCGCUGACGGGGAAGAACUACAAGCAGCUGCUCAGCCGUGUGGAGGCCCGCAAAGCAAAGGUGGAACAGCUGAGGGAGAAAGACGAGGAGAAGGCCCGCGAGCUGGAAAAGAAGAUCCAGUGGACCAACCUGCUUUAUAAGGCAGAGGGCAUCAAAAUCAAAGACGAUGAGGACAUGCUGCGAGCCUCUCUGAAGAGGAAGGAGAAGAGGCACGAUCAGAGGAAGAAGCGCUGGGACAAACGGAGUGAAAGCGUCGUAGAAAAGAUGCAGCACCGGCAGGACAAGAGGAAGAAGAACCUCCAGAGACGCAAACAAGCCAAAACGGAGAAGAAGAAGAACAAGGCACGAAAGAAGGGCAGAGUGCUGCCUGAGGACUUGAAAAAAGCUGCAGUUUAGAGGAAGAAAACAUAACUUAUGCCAUGUUUAACAAGUAAAUCAGUCUCUUUAUAUGGCACUGCCAUAUUUAGGUGAUGUGGAAGUGUGCUGAUUUUGAAAAUAUUUGUUCAAAUGUCCACCUUCAUGUUGUCCUGGUGUAUUAUAAUGUAUGUCAUGGUCAAUAAAAUGUGAACUUUCAUUACAAUUAACCUAAAAGGCA